AUGACAUUUGUGGGACGGCCCGUGGUUGUGACUGAAGUCUCCUCGGAGCUGAACAUAUCCGGACCUUCUCCUUCCAUCUCCUCUGGCUCUAUACCCUCACACCCUCACACCCUCACACUGAGCAGUAACAGAACAGCCUCCUACCUUCAAGGCUCUAUAAGCACCGUCCUCAUCCCAGUCCUGUACAUCCUCACCUUGGCCCUGGGCGUCCCUGCCAACCUGUUCACCCUCUGCACCCUCGCCUCCAAAGUGCGAAAAGUCCCGUCCGCCAUUCUGUACUGCAGCCUGGCCGUGUCUGACCUGCUGCUGCUGCUGUCGCUGGUGUUCAGGGCUCACUACCACCUCCAUGGGAACCACUGGGUCUUCGGGGAAACCGCCUGUCGUGUGGUCACUGCCUGUUUCUAUGGCAACCUCUACUGCUCGGCCCAGACACUCGCCAGCAUCAGUGCGCUGCGUUAUCUGGCCGUCGGACACCCCUUCCUCUACAAGAGCUUACCCAAGAGGACGUGCACCGCGUGGGCCACACUGGUCCUGUGGAUGGUGCUUGGAGUUGGGCUGGUCCCGGAGCUGCUGGUCCAUCAGAGCUACAGGAUCCAACCACUGGGCAUUGUCACCUGCCACGACAUCUUACCCCUAGAGUUGGAUUCUCAUCAGUUUCUCUUGUAUUACUACCUGGUGCUGACUCUGUUUGGCCUCCUCCUUCCUCUGCUGGUGUCUGUGGUGUGUUUUGUGCGGAUCUUGGCUGAACUGAACCAGUCCCACUGUGACUGGGGCUUGUACAUACGCAGCAGCUCUCUGGUCUUCCUGAUCUUUCUGGUCUGCUUCACCCCAGCCGGAGUCCUGCACUUUAUCCACUAUGUGCAGCUGUUUUCAAAUGGAACAGAGGAUUUAUACAUGUAUUUUAAUGUUGCUGUGUGUUUGUGUUGCCUUCAUGCAGCAAUGGACCCCUUCUUGUUCAUGCUUAUGUCUCGCUCCACAGGAUCCAAUCCCUACUUCAGGGCCCUUAGGAGUAAGAGCGUCAGCGUCGACUAA